UAUUACCAAAAAUUAUAAGUCUUUAUUAUGGCAAGCAAGAGAAAAAAUGCAUCUUUGAGUAAGCCAGAGGUAAAACGUCAAAAGUCAGAGCUGGAUGAUUUCCCAAGUUCCUUCGAAGAUGACUUGGCAUUGCUUGAUUCACUUGAGAAUGAAAAAAAGGAUAACUCUGCACACAGUUCCAACAAAAAAUGGAUGCGACCUCCAGUUGGCAAACUUGAUCCAAAAUCGGAUCCACUAAUAUUUCAACAGGUUGAGGUGGAUCACUAUGUUGGCCAGCAUUUCUCAGGGAUGCCUGGCUGCACAACUGGCCCCACACCUAUUAUUCGAUUUUAUGGAGUAACAAUGGAAGGAAACAGUGUCAUGUGUCACGUACAUGGAUUUGUGCCAUACUUUUAUAUUCCUGCUCCAGUAGGAUUUAAAACAGAAGACUGUGUGACAUUUAGAGAAGCGUUAAAUAAAACUGUGCUUGGGGACUUGCGCUCAAACAAAGACAAUGUGACACAGGCUGUUCUCAACGUUGAGCUGGUUAUGAAAGAAAAUAUAUAUGGCUUUAAUGGUAAUAAGAAGAUGCCAUUUUUGUGUGUCACUGUAGCGCUGCAAAAGCUUGUUGCACCUGCAAGACGCUUGUUAGAGUGUGGUAUUUCGGUUUCUGGGUAUGGCGAAAGAAGCUACAAAACAUUCGAAAGUAAUAUCGAUUUUGAGGUUCGUUUUCUGGUGGAUACAAACACAGUGGGUUGCAACUGGAUAGAACUACCCACUGAUGCGUACAAAGUAAGAACUACUAAUAAAACAUCCCGGUGUCAAAUUGAAGUCGAUGUUGCUUAUGACAGAUUCAUCAGUCACGCACCUGAAGGUGAAUGGGAUAAGAUUGCGCCGUUACGUGUUUUAAGUUUCGAUAUUGAAUGUGCUGGCAGAAAAGGCAUAUUUCCUGAACCGGAAAUUGAUCCAGUCAUCCAGAUAGCCAAUAUGGUGGUGUGUCAAGGAGAAAAAGAUCCAUUUAUCCGCAAUGUUUUUACAUUAAACACAUGUGCACCAGUAGUUGGCUGUGAUAUACAUUCAUAUCAAAAGGAGAAAGACUUGCUGCAGGCAUGGUCAGAUUUUGUAAACGAAGUCGAUGCUGACAUCAUCACUGGCUACAACAUUGUUAACUUUGAUUUCCCAUACUUGCUUAACCGUGCAAACACCUUAAAAAUUGAUCGCUUCUCAUGCAUAGGACGUAUUUUGGGUGAAAAAAGUGUUGUUUCUACUACAACGUUUCAAUCAAGGGCAUAUGGAAAACGUGAAAAUAAAGUUAUAAAUAUAUCGGGAACUGUACAAUUUGAUUUGUUACAUGUUUUGUUGCGAGAUUAUAAGUUGAGAUCAUACACACUGAACUCUGUUAGUUAUCAUUUUCUAAAAGAACAAAAAGAAGAUGUACAGCAUUCAAUUAUUACAGAUUUACAGAAUGGUACCAACCAAACUCGUCGUCGUUUGGCCGUGUAUUGUAUGAAAGAUGCAAUUCUACCAUUAAGACUUCUUGAAAAGUUGAUGUGUAUUAUAAACUAUAUUGAAAUGGCACGUGUGACUGGUGUACCAUUGUCAUAUCUAUUGUCACGUGGUCAACAAAUAAAGGUGGUAUCACAGUUGCUAAGAAAGUCGAAGCUUCAAGAUCUGAUUCUUCCUGCACAGAAAAUUGAUGCAGGUGAUGAAUAUGAAGGUGCAACUGUUAUUGAACCUGUGAAGGGAUAUUACAACAUGCCAAUCGCAACGCUGGAUUUUGCUUCUUUGUAUCCCUCUAUCAUGAUGGCGCACAAUUUGUGUUACACAUCCCUUCUCAUGAAGAAAGAUGCUGCUAAGCUUAGUCCUGACGAAUACAUCAUCACACCUUGUGGUCACCAUUUCGUGAAAGCACAUCUUAGAAAAGGCCUGUUACCGGAGAUCUUAGAGCAUUUAUUAAGUGCUCGAAAAAAAGCUAAAGCUGAUUUGAAAAAUGAAACAGAUCCAUUUAAAAAGAAGGUUUUGGAUGGUCGACAGUUAGCUUUGAAAAUCAGUGCUAAUUCUGUGUAUGGUUUUACUGGUGCCCAAGUUGGUAAACUACCCUGUUUAGAGAUCUCGUCAAGUGUGACAGCCUUUGGUCGACAGAUGAUUGAAAGAACGAAACAACUUGUUGAAGAUCGGUAUAAUAUUAAAAAUGGCUACAAACACGAUGCUAAGGUCAUAUAUGGUGACACAGAUUCAGUAAUGGUAAAGUUUGGCACUGAAACUGUUCCUGACAGUAUGGAGUUAGGAAAAGAAGCAGCAGCCUACGUUUCUGAAUAUUUCACUAAACCUAUCAAGCUUGAAUUUGAGAAGGUCUAUUUUCCAUACUUGUUAAUCAGUAAGAAGAGGUACGCGGGUCUGUAUUAUUCACGUCCAGACACUUUCGAUAAAAUGGAUUGCAAGGGAAUUGAAACGGUGCGUCGGGACAACGCCCCGCUGGCAGCCAAACUUAUCAACACGUGUUUACAGAAACUGUUGAUAGAAAGAGAUCCAGACGGCGCGGUUGAAUAUACAAAACAAGUUAUAUCAGAUCUACUUUGCAAUCGUAUCGAUAUUUCCGAGCUGGUCAUUACAAAAGAACUGACGAAAACGGAAGACGAAUAUGGCGCAAAACAGGCACAUUCAGUUUUAGCAGAAAAAAUGCGUAAAAGGGAUGCUGGUUCUGCUCCAAAGUUGGGUGAUCGAGUCCCUUAUGUUAUUGUUGCAGGGGUAAAAGGAGCAAAAGCGUACGAGAAAGCGGAGGAUCCAAUAUAUGUGCUUGAAAACAACAUUCCAAUCGAUACGAAACAUUAUCUUGAACAUCAGCUGAUGAAUCCUCUUAUUCGAAUCUUUGAGCCAAUCUUAGGAGAGCACAAAGCAAACAAUGUCUUGUUUAAAGGUGAGCACACACUAGUUAAAACUGUCGUCACAGCCAAGGUUGGUGGAUUGGCAAGAUUUGCGAAAAAGGUAGCAACCUGUCUUGGAUGUAAAGCAGUAUUAAGGAAAGGCAGAGAGAAUGCAGCAGUGUGCGAACAUUGUGAGAAUCGUGAAUCUGAUUUAUUUCAAAAGGAGAUCACAACGUUGCAUUCGUUAGAAGAGAAAUUUAACAAACUGUGGACACAGUGUCAACGAUGUCAGGGAAGUUUACAUGAAGAUGUGUUGUGUACGAGUCGAGAUUGUCCAAUCUUCUAUAUGCGGAAGAAGACUCAAAAAGAUUUAGCACAACAGGACCUGCUUGUUCAACGUUUCGGAGAUUUUUCCUGGUGAAAUAAAACGCAGAACAGAAGAAACAACAAAUCUCAUUGCCUUGUGUAACGCUGCAGCUUGUUUGAAUUCUGGUCUGCAAAAUUGAUAUUUCCAUGGAGUAUAUUUAAAUUCUGGUCUGUAAAAUUGAUAUAUCAAAAGAUUUCCUUGCAACGCUUGGAAAUACUUGCGUCAAGUUUUUUUCCAUGUGUUCUAACAUCUGGUCUGCAGAAUUGAUGUAUAAAAAUGAAAUAACAUUCCGUAAAAGUCUGUAAUGACAGAUAUUCUAUAAAAACAAACUAAAAUAGAAUAUAUAAAUAUUUUCUUCA